AUGGCGGCGCGCCGCGUAUGCGGCUGGAUUGCGCAACUCAUCGAUGAUGCGAUCAUUUGUGAACUGGAUCGUCGUUCCCAUCUAAGAAUAUCAGUGCGAAUCCCAUUGUAUGAAAUGGCUGCACCGCGACAGAAGCGAACCCUCCCCGUGGAGGACUUGUCCAAUGUCGAGUUCGAAACUAGUGAGGAAGUGGAUGUCACUGGUAAAUUCGACCAGAUGGGAUUGAAGGAAAACUUACUCCGAGGAAUCUAUGGGUAUGGAUUUGUGAAACCCUCCGCGAUCCAGCAGCGAGCUAUUAAGCCAAUCGUCAAAGGACGAGAUGUCAUAGCCCAAGCUCAGUCUGGAACCGGUAAAACAGCUACAUUUUCCAUCGCGAUUCUUCAGAGUGUGGACUUGAACGAACGUGAAACUCAGGUUCUAGUUCUCUCGCCUACUCGUGAACUUGCCGUCCAGAUUCAGAAAGUAAUUCUAGCGUUGGGUGAUUGCAUGAACGUGCAAUGUCACGCAUGUAUCGGAGGCACGAACCUUGGUGAGGAUAUUCGCAAGCUCGACUUCGGUCAACAUGUUGUUUCCGGAACCCCGGGUCGUGUAUUCGACAUGAUUCGCCGGAGAAACUUACGAACUAGAAACAUCAAGAUGCUCGUUCUUGAUGAAGCCGACGAAAUGCUGAACAAGGGUUUCAAAGAGCAGAUAUACGAUGUAUAUCGUUAUUUGCCCCCUGGCACUCAGGUUGUCCUGCUUUCAGCCACUCUGCCACAUGAAAUGCUGGAAAUGACAAGCAAGUUCAUGACAGAUCCUAUUCGUAUUUUGGUUAAGCGCGAUGAAUUGACUCUGGAAGGCAUCAAACAGUUUUUCGUCGCCGUGGAACGCGAGGAAUGGAAGUUUGACACAUUGUGCGACCUCUACGAUACCCUCAUUAUCACUCAAGCAGUAAUCUUCUGCAAUACCAAACGUAAGGUCGACUGGCUGACGGAGAAAAUGCGCGAGGCCAACUUCACCGUCAGUGCCAUGCACGGGGACAUGCCGCAAAAAGAAAGAGAUGCUAUUAUGAAGGAAUUCCGGUCUGGUUCAACGCGGGUUCUGAUCACCACUGACAUUUGGGCUCGAGGGAUCGACGUUCAACAAGUGUCCCUCGUCAUCAAUUACGACUUGCCGAACAACCGAGAAUUAUACAUACACAGGAUCGGUCGAUCUGGUCGUUUCGGGAGGAAAGGUGUGGCUAUUAACUUCGUCAAGAGCGACGACAUCAGAAUUUUGCGGGACAUUGAACAGUACUACUCAACCCAGAUCGACGAAAUGCCAAUGAAUGUUGCGGAUUUGAUCUAACCGCCCUUUUCAUUCUUGUUUUGUAUUCGGUUAUGCUGUAUUCAACUCUUUCCUGGAAAUUCUUUUCGGAUGUGUGACGAUGCUUGAGGUAGUGUCGUUUCGUUGAAAAACAAGGCGUCUUGCUGAAA